CUGCCUUCUUUAUCUAUCUGUCUUCGUUGGUUCUCUCUACGAGCGACGUCGGAAGAAGGAAGAGAAGGGGGACUAAAGCACGAGAGAGUAAAUGGAGCUCGAAAACCCUGGCCAUGGCGAAACGCUAAAGAGCCGCCCGCAAUACCCUCCCUUCCCCGUCGGCACCAUCGAUGAUGGCUCCUCAUUCACCUCCACCCCCUUCGUCAGCGCCCCCUCCAGCCCUGGCCGUGAGGGUGGUGCCGCCACGGCCGCAGCCGGAAGCUACUUCUUCAGCUGUCCCGCCAGCCCCGUCCACUACGUCCUCUCCUCCCCUCCUUACUCCUUUUCCCCAGCCGCUGCCUCCGUGGCGAUCGACGAAGCGUCCGGCUCUGGUUCGUUUGAGUUCGACGGCGCAGCUCGCGGGGGAACGAUGAUCUCCGCGGACGAGCUCUUUCUCAACGGCCAGAUCCGCCCGAUGAAGCCCUCCUCCCACCACCUGCGACCGCAGUCCCUCGCGCCGCUGAUGGAUCUCGACGACGACGACUGUGACGAUGUAGAGGAAGCGAAGGAAAUGCCGGCGCUCGGAGCCCCGGAGGAGGGCGGAAGGGGGCGGCGCCUCAGGAUCCGGGGCAGAUUCAUCCAUCGGAGGACCAGAUCCAUGUCGCCCCUUCGAAGUCCUCGAUUCCGAUGUCAAAGGAACGAGGAGGAGCAGCAGGAAGAAGCGAAGGAGCUCGAGUUCAACCCAGAUCCCAAGGAGGCUGCGAUGGCGCCGGACUCGGCCUCCUCCUCGGGCAACAGGAACUCCAAACCAUGGAUCUUCCUCAAAGAUCUCCUCCUCUACCGAAGCAAAAGCGAAGGCAGCGGGCGAGGGAACGGCAGAGAGAAGGAAAAGUUCUGGCACUCCAUCUCCUUCUCCCCCUCCUCCAAAUCGAAGCCCCCAUUGCCGCCUCCGGCCGCAUCAUCGUCGGUUCUGCCCCCGGCACCGGAGCAGAACAAAACAAAGCAGUCGAAACGGCCGGCAAACGGGUCGGGAAGGCGGCGCCCCACGGCGCACGAGCGCCACUACACGGCGAACCGCGCGCAAGCGGAGGAGAUGAGGCGGCGGACCUUCCUGCCGUACCGUCAGGGUCUCCUAGGCUGCUUGGGCUUCUCCUCCCGAAGCUACGGCGUCUUCAAUGGUCUCGCCAAAGCCCUCAAUCCCGUCACCUCCAGGUAAAACAUGAUCCCAUCACCCAAAAGAAGAUAAGAACGAUCUCAUACGCUCCCUUUACGUUCUGUAUACUCGUUUUCUUGUUUUCCUUCACCAAAAUAACUUCCUAUCUUUA